ACUAGCGCCCCGGGCUUUUGUGUUAUGGCGUUUUUGCUCAAAUACUAUACAUUUUCGGCAAAGAUCCGCACUUUAUCCGAGUUUCAAGUUCGGCUAUCCACUAACCAGCAGCCGCCAAGCAAUGCAGAAAUCAUCACAACACUUCGCUACUUUCACCAAACUCUCAUAGGGUUCCUGAAAGAUUUUCCGCAAGGGCAAACACAAUUUUGUGAGAAAUUCUCGUCGGAUCCAGCACGAUGGAAUCUCUAUCCGAAUCUCAACUACUCGGGGCUUUUCUAUGCCAUUGUGAAUCUACUCGAAGUGUUUCCGCUUAUCACUACAGGACAAACCGCCAUUGGGGAAGCUAUACUGGAUACUCUGAAAGCACUGAUGAUGUUUUUGGACCGAGAUUCCUUGGAACAAUUGCCGCUUCUUCUGGCCACUCACAUCGGCGUGCUUCCAUCGGAAUUGGAUAAACAGAUCGUUCACUUGCUUGCUGACGUCAUUCUACCGUUCUCAAUCGCAGAGGAUACAUACAUCAAGCUUUCUGUACCCGGAAUACUUAUGCUAGUUCUACAGCAACCGCAUGAUCCCAGCCUUCACACUUGGAUUAUGGAAGGGGCCAUGAGUUGCACUCCGGACAUCUAUGAAGAUUUGGUUCAGGUGAUUGCUAGAGGCACUUCCGAGUCUCGAGUGGCUGCAGCUAACCUACUCUUACACUACUGGCCCUUCCCCAAUCCGAACAUCAUACACAGGAAAACUAUACAGUACAAGGUGCACGCAUGGCAAAGGAUUACUUGCCAAUCAACGACUUGCACUGAAAAAGGACCAAGUGUGAAGUCAUGCUACGAUCCAGUAAUUUGUGCCGACGUAGCUGAUACUUCGCCACCGGUGUUUCUUUGUCGAAAAUGUGCCGACAAUGUCAUCGCCGAGCGUAAGGCACCUAUGAAAAAUCUCACACAACCAAUGCAAGCGAGCAGUGUGACCUGCCAGAAUAAAGAUUGCCAAUCACAGUCGCGUUUGGCUAUGGCCAUAUGCUUCUCGCAUGAUUGCACAAGGGCACACAACUUCGUUCCAAUGCGACUAUGCCAGGAAUGCUUCAACGCGCUGCAUGCAAAUUCCGAAACUCCACACUUAGUGCACAAGGGAUCGGGAUGUGUUUGGGGACAGCAUGUAAUGUGGGUGACCGUGGAAGCAAUAGUGAAAUUGCUGAGGGAAACCGCUCAAUUUGAAGGGACAGAAGGAGAGGGAAAACGACCUAAAUGGCUUCGUCAACUGGAAGGUGGUCAUUCACUUGGCAAAGAAAUCGACACUAUGGCUGACGAACGCAGAAUGCUGAGCAGAUUUGGAGUGUGGAUGAUGGCAGCUCUCUGCCCUCCAAAUCAAAACGCAGAUUUGCAAGGCAUCUCCUACAUAAUGUACAACGUAUUUGAAUGGUUCGCCACCACAGCUUUGCUACCGAAUGACAGCAUGGGUGCAAGUUUAGAGCAACUGAAGACUGAUUUCGUCUGCGACUGGAUUAACAUGGCCAUAAGAAUCCAUUACGAUGUUUUCAUCUCAGCGCUCAUACCAGAUCCUGAACAAGAGGGAAGAUGGUUCGAGCAGUGCAAGGAGGGGCUUGGAAGGCUGCUUGCUCUAAUGCCGUAUGAUGUCAUUUCACUGGAAACGUGGAGCCGAGUGAUGUCUGAAUGGCUGCAGCUCAUCUACGCGAAAUGCAACGAAGAGCAACAACUCGACCUGAAAAUCCUGCUUUGCAAGAUUUUCGAGCCAGAUUUGUGCCCACUACCGUUUGAGACUGUGAUGGUUUUUGACUUCAUUAGUCGCCGUCUAGGAGGAAAUGACUACGUCGAGCUGUUCAACGCGCUGCAAUGGCUGCAUCUGCUCUCACGUCUGGAAAUCUCCAUUCCACUUGAUUUACUAUUAGAGAACUUCGGCACAGCUUUGAAAGGGCUUCCGGCAAUGGAAAUUCCACAGCUGGGGCAGAAUGACUUGGAAGAGGACGACGUCUCCAUACACAUUGUCAUCAUUGACAUACUGGUGCUUCAGCUCCGUCUCAACGAAAUCGCUGUUCACGAACAAUCAUCGCUGACGGAGAAGCUCUUCGAGUGUGUUUCGCUACUGCUCAGCGUCCCUCUUCGUACGACUCCGCACGAAUGCAAAAAUCCCGAACUCGAUGGCUUCGCAGACUGUUCGGCUUGCCAGCAGGCAGCUUUUCUACACCAGAUGGUCAUGAACAUGACCGAAAAUGUCUCGCCCAAACAGGAAAUGGCUAUUCAGGCUACUGAAGACGAUUUUGUCGAAAGUUAUGACGUGACAUCAUCAGGUACUUCCCACCCCAGUGCUGCCCUCUCCCCACAAACCGCGCCUGGCAGCAGUAAAGGAGUCUCUCCAGCAACUUCAACAGCUCCGCCAUUGUUUUCUGAGGACGGUCUUCGCUUCCAAACGGCCACUGAAGAGCACACUGGAGAUGAUGAGUUUGUUGGCAUUCUGCCAAGCGAAGAGUUCGAGGUGGCCAUGGCCGAGGCUACAACACUAACAGAAACGGAUGUAGGCCGAGAAACGUGCCAAGUGGUUACAAACACCUUAGUCGACGGGAUUAAGGGCCCAACUGCUUCACCCUCCACACCGCAAGCGCCAAAGGUUCCCGCUGAUGACUUCUACCAAACGUCCGUGGGAAAAUUCCGCUUUUCGAUCGACCAGCUUCCUUCACAACUGAAGAUGAUACAUUCACUUCUGGAAAACCUGGAGAUUGCUGAAGAUCCGGAUGUGGAAAACUUCAUUAUGCAUACUCUGAAACUCCUUUGUCUACAUUGUGGAUCUCUGAGCAAUGCUAGAAGGGAACAUCGCGGAUUCCUGAUUUGGAUUCAGGAAAGCAAGAUGGUUCCCAAACUGUGGGCCAGGCUUCGAUCAGAUUUUGUCCAAGUCGGAGAGCUGGCUUCUCUUCUCCUUCUUCACUGCAUUUCAUUUCCUUCUGGAGAAGAGGCAUUUUGGCGUGUUAUCAAUAAAGAUUUCGCCAAUCCGGAUUGGAAAGUUCGCUUUGAUUCAGUGGGGAAAGCGUACGUGAUGGCGCAUGUGAUCAAAUGGGCACCAGUAAAAAGUAACAAGGUCGUUCAAACUGCUCUCUCAGCCCUUUUCUACCAUUUUGUUACAUCUCUACAUGAUCCGAACCCUACAGUAGCUCAGAGAGCUAUAAUCGCUCUGAGGGCAUUGCCAACACAGACACUCAAGAUGAUGUGUUUCUGUUUCGAAUCGCAGUUCGAUUCGUGCAUACUGGAUCGUCCACUAAUCAUCAACGCCAUCCGAGUGCUGACUACACAAAUGCCUGAUGAGACCAUGUUGACGUUCGACUUUUUCAUACAGCGAUUCGAAACUCUUGUUUUGGAAAGCCAACUCAGCAAUCAAAGCGAAGAAACUGUUUUUGUGCAAGACUUGAUGCAUACGGAUCCAAUGAGCGAGAUUUACCAGAGGAAAGUCAACAAGGCCAGAAAGGCCAUCGAAGAGGCCGCUACAGCAAAGUCAAUCGUGAAAUAUCUGCGCGAAUACAAAGCGCUCAAACAUCAACUUUCUUAUCAACCAACAGAUCCGCCAGCAGAUCCGGGUACGCUGUCCCCUUCCGUCACUUCGCCGACCUACUCUGCCGGCCCAUAUGGUCGACUGCGAGAAUUUACGGAUGAAGAGAGUAACCUCUGCUUACUAUUUAAUCGGGUCGUCGACAUGGAGAACCCAGAGAGGCACACAGUUUACCUUGUGAUCUCCUUAUUUGUUUCCUUCUUAAGCAAUAAGAACUCUACACCCACGGACGAGAAGGCAAACGCGAAAAAGCAGUCACUGCUAUUCCGCCAUUUUAACACUCUACUCGGCUACAGUAAUACAGAAAAAUGCUUCACUAUUCCGCCAGCAAGAUUGAGGAAAUCGGUUGUCAGCAACGCGUUCCUAAGUGGUUUACCCGAGAUUUUGGACUGCAAUCUUUGCAUAGGAAAUCAACUUCUUCCUACCGUGGUCCAGCUUCUUCUCCAUUUGCCCUCACCUCAGAAAUUGGCAAGUGAUCAGCACCAAAGCAACUAUUCGCUCAAGCUGCUCUCACAACACUCUCGUCAUCUAUGGCUAAACUCGCUGAUUCUAAUACUGUACAAGUAUCGAUUUGACCAAGCUCCAAUCAACGAUGGUGUUAUGCGUUUAAUCAACAUUGUUACGAAAACAUUGCAAGCGCAAGCCCAUGUCUGCUGUGAAACAGAUCAACCGACUGAUAUAGCUACUUGGGAAGAUAUCAGUGAUGAGGAAUCUGACGAAUCGCCUAGGGGCCUAAUCAGACCAGAAAGUCUUACUGUCACCACGAUUCAGGAGAAUGAAGGAGAGAUGACACUUCACCCAACAAUUGUUGAGCCACGCCCCAUGCGCAAACGCAGUGAGGCUGUCAGACGUAAGGAACCACGCAAACAACGAAAGUCCAGCGCUCCGGUCGAACUGCGCUGCGAUCACUGCAACGAAUGUUUGACAUCGUUUGAUGAAGAAACAAUUUCUCUUUGCCUUAUUGCCGCUGAGACGUUCUUACAUCGUGAACCGGUCAUGGCUGCACCCAUUCUUUUCUCUCUUUUGCAUACUGUAACUCGGUUGAUUGACCAUCCCAUAUAUCCGUGGCACGACACCGAAAUGUUUGUGCCAGGAAAUUGUCGCAGUGUAGCAAAACAGAUGUUGAGAGUUACCUUGCACCAGCUCUCCUCCUCCGGCAUAUGUCUGCAGCUCUUUGACACCCCGUUGUCUCGAAAAGAUGCUUUCUGGAAAGUAGUAUCACUCUCGCUGGCAGACUUCCAGGAGCUCUCUCCAGUCUACUUCAUCCAACUGUUAUUCGAGGAUCUCGCUGAGAAUUGGCUACCCCAGCUUACAACUACUAUGAGGAACUUAGCUGCAUAUGUUGUCGAAGUUCCAUGCGAUGCUUACAUCACCCAUUGGAGCACAACUGUCACUCACAUGGAAACCUUCUUUAGGAGAUAUCAUACCCAGAUCUCAGCUGAGGGUGCACCAAAGCCGACGAAGUCCGAAGUGGAGAGCGGAAUCAUAGUCAUGAGUCAUGUGCUGAAAGUGCAGAACUUCAGCGCAUUCAAGUCUGCUGUGUCACUGGUAGACUCAUUCUGCAAAUGGUUAGCUGAGGCUCUCCAUAACUGCCCAGUCAAGCUGGAGAGUCUUCUUACAGUAUGCACCGCUUGCAAUCGAGCCAUGAUCAGAGAGAGAGAUAAGCAGAGCAUUUCACGUGCUGUGGUAGCUGAGCUAAUCCAAGCAAUCAAAUUCAAGUGCCCAAUGCACGAAGCGAACUUUAUGACGAUUGCCAAUCUGAUACUCCAAGAUGCUGGCGAGGACAUCGAAAUGAACUUGGCGGAUGAUCAGUUCAACACCGCCGCUUCUGAAGCUGUUCGACCAUUCCUCUUCGAAAUCCUGGAUUUCAUCGCUGAUUUGCAUGUUUUGGCAAAAUUGAAGAAAGAAACGAAUUCCGACUACAUCGGUGGAGAUUUGAAAGUGAAGCUGGCUGAGGCAAUAGCCGUAGAGAUGAGCCGAUCGAAUACUCGCGACUGCAGAACAGUUAUUAGAUUCAUUCCUUGGUUAAUGAGCCCACCCAGUGUCACCCAGGCUGCUCCGGGUGCAUUCGCUGACUCCGUAACCAAUGUUCGGGUACUCUCUUGGCUACUGCUUGGGGCUCUACACGCCAACCAUGGUUGUCUUCCAGUUCCGAUCGAAUGCAGUCAACAUAUGGCUGAUUACAUUCACUUUGUUCUAGCUGGAUUUGCUGAUCAGUCAAAGCAAUCGGUGGUCCAUAUGUCAGCACUAUUCCAUGCUUUCCAUCUUUGCCAACUGUGGACCGUCUAUUGCGAGAGAGCAGCCGUCUUCAGUUCAACCACUGCGUUCCCACAUCUUCUGGAUUUUUGGGCGAGAGUUACCCCCGCUAUCCUCCAGCUACUUAGCCAUUCUAAAGUGCUCGCUGAUAUGGUGAAUCUCCAUUUCCUGAACACGAUACAAGCUCUACAGCAAGUGAACUCUGCUCUUCUGUGUCAGCUGUACCCUAUGUGGGCGCCGAUUCUCACUGCUUACCACAGUCAAAUUCCCAAUCAGUUGAGGAUCAAGCUCGACUCGUGCGAGAAUCAGCCCUCGUUGGCACCACCACCUCUCUCGGACUGGUUGAAAAAAGUUCGUUACAAGAUUUCGCAAGUGGAGCUACAAACUUCGGCUGCAUCUCCAUACUACAACGUGCUGAUACUUGGCGAUCUCCAGUCUCUACGCAUCAUGGACAUAAUUAUUGACAGUUUUGAAAAAUCGAUCCAAAAGUAUGUAGUGAGGGCAUGCUAUGACUCAAAACUUGAACAAAGCAACAACGAAGUCUUGCACUCUGAGGGUGAAACCAGAAGAGUGCUUCGCCAUCUUUACACGUCAGUGGCAGUUGUUGUGCGCAUUGAACAAACUUCUGUGGAAAUGGAGGAAGUAGUUAUUCCGCCUGGAAAACAGUUACGCUACCGAUGUAAUGUUGAGGGCUGCCUCAAGAACAGAAGUUUCUCCAUGAUUUCUAUAAUGGAUCAUGUGGCAUUACAUUUCUCCCAGCUGAAAGGCUCCGAUCUCGUCUUUAAUUAUUACUGCAAACUAUGCGGAAUACGUUUUUUCUUGAAGGGAAUGUGCCUCGGAUGUAAAUGCAACGCGAGAGACGGAGGAGAGCAGUUCAUUUUGCUCAAACAUCGAGUCACUCUCGAAGACGUGAGACGAGAAGCGAGCUUUUUUUGGUUUGUGAAUAAAUGGAUAGUGCCGGUGUUCGACGACAUACCGGGUGCACCACCUGUGGCUGCUACAGUUACUGUGGAAACAACAGCGGGCGCGGACGAGAUUGAAGUAAUAGAGGAACAUGGACCAGCCUUUGAAGAGCGAAGAUUACCUCCAAAAAGCCGCCCACCUACACCGUUUCCGAAGAGGUCUACUUCAACACCACUAGGUCCAACACCUCAUCUACCCAGAACUGCUCUUCGCAACCUCGCAGAAAAAUCGCAUUCGUUCGCGCAAGAAAAAGACACCCAAGUGUUGAAUUCUGAAGGUGGAUUCCGUUCGGCAUCGCGGACACCAUUUCAUGCACAAAUUGAUGCUCAUGAAGAAGGACUACAGUUGCCCGCACUCUAUCGUGCUCCAGUGCUCAAGCAAAAUUCUAGCAAUACGUCGGCGAUGGACAUCGUUGAAGAUGGUGAAACCAGUGAAAACGACGAAAAUUCGCCGACAUGGAGUUUGCGUGCGGAAGUUCCUACAUCACCCGCCUCCUUCACUCCACCCACUGCGCAACCAUCUCCAUCCAGUGGGAUUCCACAGCAAAGAACACUGCAGGCAAUCGAAGAGGCAGCGGGAAAGCAGCUUAACCAGCCAUGCUCACUUGUAUGGGAGCCAGCUUCCAACGCAUCUUCGAGCGGCGUUACAGCUCCGCGUGUGACUUGCACUACCCAUGGCACACAAGCUCCUCCAUCGCUACCUUCUGCUCAGACUUCAUUUUCUUCUCUAGACAAUCAAGGACCCGCUGGCAGCGACUAUGUUCAACUGUUGAUUCCUCCGCCGCCUCCACCUCCCCCACCAUUGGAUCCAAAUAAGCUUUCUUCACAAUCUGAAUCUGAACACUCUCGACCUGUUGAUAAAUGUGAAAAGAACGCAAAAAGGCGUCUUGCAACAACGGCUCGUUUGUUCAGUAAGAAGAGCAGACAGGACGGUCUUUUGGAAGAAAAUCCAUCUCCUCCGCGCUUAAGCCCACUAUUGUCACGUAGUCGUGGAGAUAAUGGCUCAACCUCCCUCAGUAUAAAGUCAGGACCAAAAACACCACCUCAAGAGGCCCACAUCUCACUGGACGACUGCAUCGCAUCUGCAUCUGAGAAGGAGACAUCCGGGCCUCCAGCUCCAGAUAACGCACAUCAGAUCCCUGUUGCACCGCCUGGGUCUGGGGAGGCUACCCGCUCUACGAAUGCUCCAGUAGACGCAGUGUCGCGUAGGGCUUCUGUUGUCCAUAGCCAACCUCUCGGUAUCCCCUUGCCUCCUCCGCAAACGCUUGCUGCUGUCCCACCGACUCCGCGCGAUGAGGGGAGUGGUAUACUGAAUGGUAAUGGGGUUGAGGAGAUGGGUCAGACGCUGAACAAUCGAUUUAAUGUACCUCCUCCUCCAUUUCUACCUCCAUACUUUCCUCCACCAUUUCCACCACCACCGCCUUAUCCUUACAUGUUUCCAUUCGGCCAUUAUCAGCUCCCGCCGCCAUUUCCCAUGUUCAAUAACUGCGAGCCAGGACCGCCUCUUCAGUUUGGAAUGCCAUAUACGGUGCCGCCAGGAUAUGAAAUACCGCCGCCGGGCGUGCUGCCACCUAGGCUAAUACCAGUGCCGACACUGAGCGCGCCACCACCUGGGUUACCACUACCCGUACCUCCAGUCGUACCAACUACCACCCGCUGAAGUGCAUCUCCCCUACCGUAGCCAGAUCUAUGCGACUUUUAUCUCGAAGUAUCCCCUGUCUGGAUGGCGGUUACAUGGUCCAAUAUUAAUCGUGAAAUUUUGGUUUUUUGUCUAUCUGGCCCUGGUACUUGAGACGUAGUCUUUUAUGGAAGAGUGAGUGUUUCUUGCGUAGUACUUUGAAAAUAAUUGAGUUUUAUUUUGUUUUAAACGUAGAAAUAUGUAUCUAGUUCAUGUUACAUGCAAUAUGUUUAUCUCUGAAGUCUACCGAAUAUGAAUUUUGUGCUUUUUUGCCUCAAAAUAUU